AUGGCUGGGCUCGAUACGGUGACAGAUGUCAGUGGCCCUAUAAACCCCAACAACAACACAAGGAAUAUUGUUAUCAGCAUAAAUAAAAGUAUUUCUCUGCAAGAGUGCAUACAUAAGCGUAAAGCCAUCAAUAUGAUAGCAGUUCUUGGGGGUGGUAUAAGUGGUCUUGCUGCUGCCCACUACUUGAAGACUCUUGGCUCGUCAUCCAGGAUACUCUUACUUGAAGCCUCGAGUAGACUGGGUGGCUGGAUCAACUCAGUGGAGCAAGAUGGUGCAGUAUAUGAACUUGGGCCUCGCACUCUAAGAGCUGCAGGAAAUGCUGGUGCAAACACACUUGCUUUGGCUGAAAGCUUAGGACUGAGGGAGAAAAUUAUCAGUAUCAAUUAUAGCCAUGCAUCAACUCAAAACAGGAUGAUUCUGGUUGAUGGCAAACUGCACAAGCUUCCAAAUAGCCUGAAAACAGUUUUUACAAAAUGCUCACCAUUUUCAAAACCUUUGGCUAUGAGCGCUGUGAAUGAUUUAUUUGCCAAGAAAGUUGUCAAUAAUGACGAGUCUCUCUUCAGCUUUGCCAGUCGUAGAUUUGGUUUAGAAGUUGCCAAAUAUGCCAUCGAUCCUUUAACAAGGGGAGUUUUUGCUGGGAAUGCUUGCGAGCUGAGUGUGACCUCACUAGCUAGAAGAUUGCAUGAAGUAGAGCAGCAGUAUGGCUCAGUCUUAGUGGGGCUACUGAAAGAUAGGAAAAAUGCAGAGAAGCCUGACCCACUCCUAAGGAAAUGUGAAUUAGUUAUACAGGCAAGGAAGGAGAAGUGGGCUGUUUGGUCUCUAUCAGGAGGUCUUGAAACUUUUGUUAAAGUUCUACAAGAAAAACUCGUGCAGGAUGGUAUUGAAUUAAAGACCAGCACGCCUGUGAAAGGAAUUAAAAAAAGUAGUAGUAAAUUAGUUGUACAGACAGAUGAAGAAGAAAUAGAAGUUAAUAAAGUUGUGUCAUGUCUGCCAUCUAGAAAUCUAAGUUCUGUAAUAAGAGCUACUAGUCCAGAACUCAGCCGACUGUUAGACACUAUUCCUUAUGCAACAGUAGGUGUUGUAAACCUGGAAUAUAAGGGUCAGGUACUUGAUGAACCUGCCUUUGGUUACCUUGUGCCCUCGUCACAACCCAACAAAGUACUUGGUGUAAUUUUUGAUACGUGUACCUUUCCUCAAGGUGACCGAACUAUACUAACAGUAAUGAUGGGAGGAUACUGGUUCAAGUCUCUUUUUGGGGACACUCCUUCUUCUGAGGAACUUCUUGAAGUUGCUACCAGAGAAGUUAAAGAAACACUAAAAAUUACCAUGAAGCCAGUACACUAUAAGGUAAACAUCCUAAGAGACUGCAUUCCACAAUAUGUUGUUGGGCAUUCUGAAACCCAACAUAAUUUACAAAAGCUCAUUCAGCACAUGAAAAUUCCACUUUGUCUUGCUGGGAACUCUUAUGAUGGGGUUGGAGUGAAUGAUGCAAUUAUGAGUGCUAAAAGGGCUGUUUUAUGAAUGUAGCAGAUUCAAGAUAUGAUAAUUACAUUGGCAAAUUGACAAAAUUAUAGAUACUAGCAAAGUGUCAUGUGAUAGCAGCUCUGCCUAGUUUUGUGUACCUAAAGUUAAUUGCAACAUUAAAGACACUGUUAUUAGAUUUUUUGUGAAUGUGUAAAUAGUAUAUGCAGAAUAUCUAUUUUGUUAAAUAUAAGCAUGCACACAUCAUCUUGUUUCAGAUAUUAGAAUAUAUGGGCAUAUUUGUGAUAUAAAUGUACAG